UUUCUACAGAGUUGGAGGAAAGGGCAAUGCGAUUCCAAAACACCUUCAGACGCCAUAAUGUGGGAUCGUUGAAUCAUUUUGUUUAAUUCCCGUACGGGGCAAGUGGUGAUUCGACAGAGGACACACGCGUCGACACAGCUCCCCGGCCGGUUGGCCGGGUACCGUUGGGCGCGCGCCGGGCCGAUUGGGCCCCCAAGGCCGUGCGCGCCUGCGCGGGGCCGAUUGGGCCCCGAGGCCGUGCGCACCUGCGCGCCGCCAGCGGCCCGGACAUGGGGAAGAAGCACAAGAAGCUGAAGUGUGAGUGGCGCUCGUAUGACGGAUUCAUUGAUAAACCCUCUGAAAAGCCACUUAAGCUUGUGCUGAAAGUAGGAGGAAGUGAAGUAACUGAGCUUUCUGGCUCUGGUCAUGAUUCCAGUUAUUAUGACGACCGAUCUGAUCAUGAGCGAGAACGGCAUAAAGACAAGAAAAAGAAGAAGAAAAAGAAAUCUGAGAAAGAAAAACAUAUUUCAGACGAAGAACGUCGAAGGAGAAAGGAAGAGAAGAAGCGAAAACGUGAGAAAGAACACUUAGAUAGUGAGGCUGAUGCUGAUGAGUUUGACCCAGGCAAAAGGAUUGAAGUUGAGCCUCCAACAGAUCGACCAGUCCGAUCAUGUAGAACAAAAGAACAAGCCGAAAGUGAGAAUACACCUCUACAGCAAUUGUUAGAGCAUUUUUUACGCCAGUUACAACGGAAAGAUCCUCAUGGAUUUUUUGCAUUCCCUGUUACGGAUAGUAUUGCACCUGGUUAUUCUAUGAUAAUAAAACAUCCGAUGGAUUUCAGCACCAUGAAGGAUAAAAUCCUGGCAAAUGAAUAUAACUCCAUUACAGAAUUCAAGGGUGAUUUCAAGCUGAUGUGCGAUAAUGCAAUGACUUACAACCGACCUGAAACAGUGUACUACAAAGCAGCAAAAAAGCUGCUUCACACAGGAUUUAAGAUGAUGAGUAAAGAGCGUCUGUUAGCUUUGAAGCGCAGCAUGACAUUCAUGCAGGAGAUCGAUUUUUCUCAGCAGGCAGCACUGUUAGGCGAUGAAGAUGUAGCACAAGAGGAAACUGUUACAGAAGUUACUAUAGUACCUGUCGAAACAACAACCAAAAAGUCCAAGAAGCAAAGUAAAGAGGUCAUCAGUUACUUGUAUGAACCAGAAGGAAAUGCAUGCAGUUCAACUGACAGCACAGCAGAAGAACAUGUCUUAGCUUUGGUGGAACAUGCAGCGGAUGAAGCUCGAGAUAGAAUUAGUAGAAGUGCUGCUAAUUCUAAGAUUGGCUACCUCAAAAAGGAUGGUGAAGGUCCAUUACUCUUUGCUGUUGUAAACCAAUCUGAUCCAGAGACUGAAGAGGAAGAGGUUCACCCAGUGGAUCUGAGUUCCCUCACAACUAAACUGCAACCAGGUAGCAAUACAAUGGGAUUUAAAGAUGAUCGGAGAAACAAAGCUUUAUCAGUUACAUAUCUCAACUGUGUGUACACCGCACAGUCCAUCCAAAACAAUACCAUCUUCCCAAAUCUUACUCCAGAGGAGACAGAACUGCUAUAUUCCACAUACGGAGAAGAGACUGGGGUGCAAUGUGCCUUAAGCUUGCAGGAGUUUGUUAAAGAUUGUGGAAGCUCCACAAAAAAAAUGGUUGAUGACUUGUUGAAUCAAAUCACAGCAGGGGAACAUUCCAAGGCUGUCUACCACUUAUCACAAAAAAGAAAUAUUGAGCAAAAAACAAGUAAAGAUACCAAAAUGAAUCUUGAUGAAGUGCAGGGUCCAACAAUUUUUAUAAAAGAGGAACCCAAGUUGCAACCUGUCUGUCCAGAGAUAUCUAAACCGAUAAUGACUGGAGGGGCAAAUGGGAGUACAGGUGACAACCGUCCUGGCCUGGAUUUCAUUCCUGUGAAGUCUUAUUCCGAUGUCUCCUUAGAUAUUUCUUUACUGAACUCACUAGGGAAAGUAGUGAAGAAGGAGCCCGAUCACGAUGAUAACCAAAGAAAUCUAGAUGAGACCACCAAGUUGUUGCAGGAUUUGCAUGAGGCUCAGACAGAACGUGUCGGUUCCCGACCUUCUUCAAAUCUCAGCUCAAUCUCCAGCAACUCCGACCGUGAGCAGCACCACCUAGGGAGUCCUCAUAACCUGAGUGUUGGAGAACAACGGGACUUAGUCCAAGACUUCCGUGAAUUUCUUCAGUCUCCAAGUAAUGCAGCUGCGAGCAGCCUGAACCGAAAUAAUGAAAACUCCUAGAAUAUUCACCAGCAUGAAAGUAAGCUAUUUUGUCAAAUGAGAAUGGAUUUCUCAUCUGUUUUUCCACAAAGACCCAAGAGUAAAAGGAAAGAGACCCUCCAAUAGCUUUCCAAUGUAAGAUGAUCAUUUUUCAGCCUGAAAUCUACUACAACUCAGGUUGUCUCCUGUUCUCUUGUUUAGUGUGAAUUGAAUGGGCAGAAUUUAUUGGAUCAUAUAAUCAUGAUCAUGUCCAGUUUACACAUAACGAAAGGUGUUCAGGCUAUGUGGAUUCAGAAAUGUUCUCUUGGUUUUGUCUGGUAGGUGUGUUGUAGCAGUUUUCAAAACCUGUACUGUUUUUUUUAGAAAAAAAACCUCUGUAUAUAGAAUGCUCUUGCCUUAAUCUUGUUCUUAGCAACAGUCUGCAUUACCAUAUAUCUGUUCACUCUUUUUAAAACCAUUCUUGAGAAUGGCAUCAUGAUGAAGAAUGCAGAAUUGUAUGCCAUUUCCUUCCACUCCUGUCUGUACAUCCUACAACAAAGGAUUCCACAUAGUAUUCUGGAGUGCUGUCCGAACUACAUCAGUAUUUGCAAAUAUCUUAAAAAGGUAAAUCUGAAGAAUAGUGACACCAACUUUUUACUGACACGAAGAGUUAAACUAAAUUACAGCUUCUGUAGAAGUUUGUUUUAAUGUGUUUAUUGUGAUUUUUAAAGAAUAUCUGAUGGAUGUGCUAAAUCUAGACAACAAAUCAUUUCUAACAGAAGAUCUUAACUGAUUUGUUGAAAUUGUGAUGGACUUUUCAAAAAUGGUUAAUAACAGAUUUUACUCCAAUCUUGUGACUUCUGUAAACUCCCACAACUACAAGGUGCUGAUGAUCUGAGAUAGGUAACUGAUGUGAAGCUCCCCAUCGACUGUCAUUUACCAAUCAUUUGAAAAUAUAAUGUCUUUUAGAGUUUUUAGGCAUAAAACUAUGCAUAAUAAAGGGAGACUCACCCAGAUUUGUGCAGUGGAUCUCCUGCAGACAGCAACUGUAAGAAAAUUGACUGGACAGAGGGUAGACCUUCAACAGACCUGUUCAAUUUUCUGUCCUUAAUUUAAACGAAAGUAAUUGAAAAAAUCUUUUACAAGGAUGUCUUCUGACACGAUAUUUGCUGCGCCAUCAUUCAAUCCAUGAAAUAUCAUCUCUUUAUCUGUGUUUCAGAUCCCCAGCACUGCUCCUGGUUUCACAAUAAACUGUACUUUUAAUAAAGUAGCCAUUUAAUACUAGGCUUAUUUAACAAAAUAGUGAUACUUUGAAUUGUUUGGGGAAAUGCACAUUUAGCUUAAGGCAGGAUAUUGCCUCUUCCGUAGCUUUGUUUUUCUUGGACUGUGCUAAUUUAUUCCUUUCAUUGCUCCAGUGAGCAGUAUACACAAGAUAUUUUAGAGACAACCCAAGAUCAGAAGCACAAAAAAAUUAGAGCACAGGAUUAAAAUAUUGUGCAAGCUUUGUCACACUUCCUGACAACAAUAAAAUAAGAUGCUUAUAAGUAAUAAUUUUUACUGAAUAAGUAUGCUGAAUUAGAAUUUGUUGUGGAAGUGUACAGCAUUUAUAAUAUGCCUACAAUGAAUUUUAAUGCUUUAUCAGGAUAAUAUUUGAAGGCAGUUAUCACUAAACAUAAAACCAGAACAAAACCACAGUUAAAGUGAAAGAAAAAGCUAUGCAAUGAAAUGUUGAUUUUAUAAAACAUUUAGUCAAUGUAGUUUGACAAUGACCAAACUGUUUUGAUUAUAAAAUUUAGUGAGUUUUUUCCUGAAGUAUUGUAUUCUUUUGGGCCAUGUGGUCAGGGUACAGGAGUUUCUUUUUAAUUCGUCUGUUAUUUUAUAUCUGAUUUGUGUCAUUCAAGUUAAGCUGCUUUUGUAAAUAUUUGAUUCAGCAAAGUUAGCUUUAAAAAUGGUGCAUUUCUCUUCCUUGCUGUAAAAUGGAGAGAUUACUUUGAUCUGAAUUACUAUUCACACCUGCUUUUCUAUUAUUCCUGUGGUUUUAUAUUUGACAAAAAUUCAAUUUUUAUGAAAAUUAACUAAUGAAUAGAAUUUUAUGCCAACUUCAGAAUUAAAUGUUUUAAUCCAAAUUAGUUUAACAUUAACUCAACAAAAUUUUUCUUCAUUUUAUGAUGCAUCCUUUCAAAUUGUUGCUUUAUUUUUGAAUAAUCUCAAUGCCAAUGUGGCUCUGGUAAUCAUUACACAUAUGCUUUAGAGUCAGAACAUUAUGAGUUCAAGCCCCACUCUAGGACCUAAGCAUAUCACCUAGUCAGACCUAUAGUCAUUGAAUUACUAAGGGAUUGUUGUGCUAUCGGAGGUGUCAUCUUUGAACUGACAUAUUAAACUGCUUCAAUUAAAUGAUGUAUAUAAAGAUUUCAUGGCACAAUUUUGUAUUUUCCUUCCACUUGUCCAACAAUUAUCCUUCAACAAACACUAAAGCAAAUUAGUUGACCAUUUAUCUCAUUGCUGUUUGUAGGACCUCCAAUGCACAACUUUUCAUCUGUGUUUGCUUGAUUAACAACAGUGACUCCUUUUCAAAAAAAAAUUAAUUGGGUGUAAAGCACUUUGGGAUGUCCUGAAGGUAUGAAUGACAUUGUAUAAAUGCAAAUGUAUCUUCUAAAUCAGAUUCACAGUGAUCAUGGUUGACUUUCAGUUCUAUAAUGUGUUGAAAAAUGCUCAUCUUUUUGUGCAUUUAUUUCUUCCUUUCCUCUGUACUUUUUCUGCAACAAGGUGUCAUUUAGUGCUUUACUGUGUUUUUAAAUGCACAGCAAAUGAAUUCCACUUUUAAGGCAAGAAUUUAAUCAGCAGACAUCUGAAUAUGUCUAAAUUACAUUGCUGUCUACUGUCUGUCUGAAAGAAGGCUGCUAAUAGAACUGUUUUUGUGAGGGCAAGUUGUAAAUAUGGAAUAAACUAUAUAUAAAGGUG